AUGCUUUCCCUUACAAAAGUUAUUUCUCAAAGAUUCAGCCCAACUACUGUUACUAGAAGUUUAUUUAAUGCUACACCAAAGAUAAUAAAUCCAAUAACAGCUGGCUCAUUAUACCAACCAAUAAGAAGCUUCAAAGUUAGAACUUCCGUAAAGAAAUUCUGUAAAGAUUGUUACUUGGUUAAAAGAAAAGGUAGAGUAUAUGUCUACUGUAAAAGUAAUGGAAAACAUAAGCAAAGACAAGGUUAA